CAUACUUAAACACGCAUACUGUGGGGGGAGAGAGAGAGAGAGAGAGGGACAGAGAUGACUGUUUUGCCAUUUAAUCUGCAGUUACCUUGUUAUAGUUUCUCCAGGUUACAUAUAUUUAUUAACUACAAUUCCAGUAUGACUGAAUAGUUUUAUUAACGACGUCAAAGAGAGUGCCUUUUUUUUUAAAUCGCUUAUCUCUGCAUUUUAAUAACUUUUCUUUUCUCUUCGAAUAAAUUCGAGCAACAGUUUUAGAGAGAAAUCAUGACACAACUGGAUGCUUUGAAAGAUUGGAGAUGGUUUCAUGGUAAUAUAACUCGACAGGAAGCAGAAGGAAUCUUAAAAGAAAACAUUGAUGGUUCUUUUUUGAUACGAGAAAGUAAAACAAACAUUGGAGAAUAUUCUUUAAGUGUGUAUCAUCAAUCAGAAAUAAUACAUUACCAUAUACAAUUUAAAAAUAAACAAAUUUCAUUGGAUGCUAAGAAUUAUUUUAAAAAUUUAUAUAAAUUAAUUGAGUAUUAUAACUGCGUUUUACAUUUGAACAUUUGUCUCACUCAUCCUGUUUGCGACACUAAUUCUUUAAGAUCAAAUUUGAAAGACCUUGGCUGCAUACUGAAUUCUGAUGCGAUUGAGUUGAAGGACUUUCUUGACAAAGGAGAGUUUAGUGAAGUGUAUGAAGCCUGUUACAAAUCAAAGCCAGUUGCUGUGAAAAAGUUAGUAAACAUGGAAUAUACUGACCAGUUUGUUCAAGAAGCUAAUGUAAUGACUACGUUGAAUCACCGAAAUGUAUUACAGCUAAUUGGCGUCGUGCUUGACAAGGAUGUUUACCUAGUUAUGGAAUAUAUGGAUGAAGGAAAUCUCGCAAACUACCUACGGUCUCGAGGUAGAGAUAGCAUCACUGAGGAAUGGCAACUGAAUUCAUCAUUUGAUAUUUGUGUAGGAAUGGAAUAUCUGGAAGGUAAGCAUCUGGUCCAUUGUGAUCUUGCUGCUCGGAACAUUCUUUUGAGUAAUUGUGGCAAAGUAAAGAUAUCUGAUUUUGGUUUAUCCAAUCACACUGGAGCUUUAGAUAAAAGGAUUAAGUUUCCUAUAAAAUGGGCUGCACCAGAAGCUAUUGUUGACAGAGUUUUCACCUGUAAAUGUGAUGUUUGGAGUUUUGGUGUGUUGCUGUGGGAAAUCUUUUCGUUUGGCAAGAUACCUUACCCAGGUGUUCCUGCAUCUGACAUUAAAGAGUUUAUUGAAGAGGGUAACAGAAUGGACAUACCUGAUGAGUGCCCCAGCAGUCUACGAUCAAUCAUCCUGGUGACUUGGAAGCUGAAUCCAGCUGACAGACCAACUUUUAAAAAACUGCUUGAAUUAAUGACUCCUUUAUUUGGUAGCCUUGUUUGAAAGUAACAUUUAAGCAGGAUUUCUGAACAAUGAAUCUUUUAUACUAACUCAUACAUUUCUAUUUUAUGUUAAUCAUUCACUUUCAUUAUCUGACCGAGAGAAAUACACGUAUCAAUUCUAUGUUAAGAAACAAGAUUAAGCAAUAAACUGCUUAUAUAUAUUACUCUGAGAAAGAAAAUGUUGCUCUGGAACAAAACGAAUCGUAAGUUGUAAACAAUCAAAUAAACAGUUUAUUUUUUCUA